AUGCACGCCAUUGCGGGGUUGACUGGCCUUUUGGCCGGUGUUUCGCUGUCCUAUGCUGCUCCGACGCAUGAGAAUAUCACUAGCGAUGCAUAUUUCUAUGGACAGUCACCUGCUGUUUAUCCUUCCCCUGAGGGUACGGGCUCCGGAGCAUGGGCAUCUGCUUACGAAAAGGCGAAGGCAUUCGUCGCGAAUCUCACGCCAGAGGAGAAGGUGAACCUUACCGCUGGUACGGAUGCCGAUAAUGGCUGCUCGGGAAAUAUCCCGGCCAUCCCGAGGUUGAACUUUCCCGGGUUAUGUGUGUCUGAUGCUGGGAACGGUUUGAGAAGUACAGACCAUGUUAAUGCUUGGUCGAGUGGUAUCCAUACUGGUGCAAGCUGGAACAAGGACCUUGCACAGAAAAGAGGCCUCCACAUGGGCAGUGAAUACCACAAGAAGGGAGUCAACGUUCUUCUGGGUCCCGUGGUAGGCCCACUUGGUCGCAUAGCAGAAGGUGGCCGGAACUGGGAAGGCUUUUCGGUGGACCCUUACCACAGUGGUCUGUUGGUGUACGAGACAAUCCGUGGUAUUCAGGCUGCAGGUGUGGGUACCUCGACUAAGCAUUAUAUCGCCAACGAGCAGGAAACCAACCGAAACCCGGAAAGCACCGACGGUAUUGAUGUCGCCGCCGUCUCAUCCAAUAUCGAUGACAAGACCAUGCAUGAACUGUAUCUGUGGCCGUUCCAGGACGUGGUUCGUGCGGGUAGUGUGUCGAUCAUGUGCUCCUACCAGCGCAUUAACAAUUCCUAUGGAUGUCAGAACAGCAAGACGUUGAAUGGGUUGCUGAAGACGGAACUUGGAUUCCAGGGUUAUGUUAUGACCGAUUGGGGUGCCCAGCAUGGUGGUAUUGCUUCAUCGAACGCUGGCUUGGAUAUGGUCAUGCCAUCAAGUACCUUGUGGAAUUCGAAUCUUACCGAUGCUAUUGCCAAUGGGACCAUGGAGGCAUCAAGGCUCGAUGACAUGGCGACUAGGAUUAUCGCAUCGUGGUACCAGAUGAACCAGGAUGCUGGAUUCCCGUCACCAGGAGUAGGGAUGCCAGCGGAUGUAUACGCGCCACACCAAGCCAUCAUCGGAAAGUCCUCCGAUUCAAGAAAAGUACUUCUUCAGAGUGCCAUUGAAGGACACGUUCUGGUAAAAAACAAGAACAACACCCUUCCCUUGAAGUCACCAGAGAUGAUCUCCGUAUUUGGAUACGAUGCAAAGGGGCCUGACAGUCUAGGCUUCGCAUUGGAGUGGCUUAGCUAUAGCCCGGCCAUCCAACCAAAUCACACGUUGAUUGUGGGCGGGGGUUCUGGUGGAAACUCUCCUGCGUAUAUUAGUGCACCUUUGGAUGCUCUCCAGCAGCAAGUGAUCGAAGACGGUAGCUCCAUUCUAUGGAACAUUUCCGCCCAAGACCCAGAGGUUGACCCGAACACGGAUGCCUGUCUCGUGUUCAUUAACAGCUAUGCAACGGAAGGGUACGACCGUGCUGGACUAGUUGACGAGGGAAGCGAUGAACUAGUGACCAACGUCGCUAGCAAGUGCAGCAACACCAUAGUAACCAUCCACAACGCUGGUAUCCGGCUAGUCAAUAACUGGAUCGACCACGAGAACGUCACCGCGGUUAUAUUCGCUCAUCUCCCAGGUCAAGACUCCGGCCGUGCACUGGUGGAGUUGCUCUACGGCCGCUCCAACCCAUCUGGCAAGCUCCCGUACACAGUUGCCAAGAGUGCAGACGACUACGGUGCCCUGUUGCAUCCCAAGCUGCCGGAGGGACAGUAUGGACUCUUCCCGCAGGACGACUUCAGCGAGGGAGUAUACAUCGACUACCGCGCCUUCGACAAGCAAGGCAUCGAGCCGCAAUUCGAAUUCGGAUUCGGACUGUCAUACACCACAUUCGACUAUUCUGGACUGAACAUCGGUCAGGUCAGCGAUAACUCCACUAGUCGUUAUCCUCCAUCCGCCGCCAUCCAAGAAGGUGGAAACCCUCACCUGUGGGAUGUAAUCCUCCGGGUGUCUGUUGAUAUCACGAACAGCGGACCCGUGGCAGGUGACGAGGUUGCGCAGCUUUACGUGGGUAUCCCCAAUGGACCGGUCCGACAGCUUCGCGGGUUCGAGAAAGUCAAUAUCCCAGUUGGACAGACGGUGACGGUGGAGUUUGCUUUGGGAAGACGGGACUUGAGUACCUGGGAUGUGGUGGCGCAGGAAUGGUUGCUUCAAUCUGGGACAUAUCAAGUGUAUGUGGGAAGAUCUAGUCGGGAUCUGCCUCUGCAGGGGGAGUUCACUAUCUGA